AUGUCUCACCGUAAAUACGAAGCUCCCCGUCACGGCAGUUUGGCGUACCUGCCACGGAAGCGCGCCAGCCGGCACCGAGGCAAGGUCAAGAGCUUCCCCAAGGAUGACCCGAAGAAGCCUGUUCACCUUACCGCUGCGAUGGGUUAUAAGGCCGGUAUGAGUACCAUUGUCCGUGACCUGGACCGCCCUGGUGCGAAGAUGCACAAGAAGGAGAUCGUUGAGGCUGUCACCGUUAUCGAGACACCUCCGAUGAUCGCUGUUGGUCUCGUUGGUUAUAUCGAGACUCCCCGCGGUCUUCGUUCUCUCACCACCGUCUGGGCCGAGCAUUUGAGUGACGAGGUCAAGCGUCGCUUCUACAAGAACUGGUACAAGAGCAAGAAGAAGGCUUUCACUAAGUACGCCAAGAAGCACUCCGAGAACAGCGGCGCUUCGAUCACCAGCGAGCUCGAGCGUAUCAAGAAGUACUGCACUGUUGUCCGUGUCCUUGCCCACACUCAGAUCCGCAAGACUCCCUUGAAGCAGAAGAAGGCCCACCUCAUGGAAAUUCAGGUCAACGGCGGUAGCGUCUCCGACAAGGUUGAAUUCGGUCAAGGGCUCUUUGAAAAGCCCAUUGAAAUCAGCUCUAUCUUCGAAAAGGACGAGAUGAUUGACUGCAUUGCCGUCACUAAGGGUCAUGGUUUCCAGGGUGUUACCAGCAGAUGGGGUACCAAGAAGCUGCCUAGAAAAACACACAAGGGUCUCAGAAAGGUUGCUUGUAUCGGUGCCUGGCACCCAUCCCACGUCCAGUGGACCGUGCCCCGUGCUGGUCAGAUGGGCUACCACCACCGUACCUCGGUCAACCACAAGGUCUACCGCAUUGGCCUUGGCGAGGACGCUGGAAAUGCCUCCACCGACUUCGACGUUUCCAAGAAACAGAUUACCCCCAUGGGUGGCUUCGUCCGCUACGGAGAGGUCAAGAACGAUUAUGUCAUGCUCAAGGGCUGUGUUCCUGGUGUGAAGAAGCGGGUUAUGACUCUGAGAAAGUCGAUGUUCACUCACACCAGCCGUAGGGCCCUCGAGAAGGUUGACCUUAAAUGGAUCGACACUUCAUCGAAGUUUGGUCACGGUGCCUUCCAGACUCCUGCCGAGAAGCACCAGUUCCUCGGCACCCUCAAGAAGGACCUUACGACCACUGCUUAAUUUGUUCUCAUUACGUCCUCUUUUGGAAUGGUUGUCAGUUAAAUUACUCCGUUCCAGUACUCUUUUUAUUCUCAAAAAAAACUACUGUUGUCGUUAAAUAGUCAAUGUCAAAAGAACAGUGAAUUGAGAAUUGUGAAAGAUCGAGAUUUUG